CGCGCGCCCCGCCGCUCCCCGGGCCGCGGCGCGGAGCUGUCACUGCGGCAGGCGGGCGCGCCCGCCGCAGUCCGCGCUGCGCCGCAGUCCAGCUGGCCGUGCGCGCAGCGCGGCGGGGCCCGAGUCCUCCCGCGCCAUCGUCCCACCGCCGGGCCACGAGCCGGGGCUGGGGAGGCAGGGCGCAGCGCGGGCGUGCAGCGCUCCUGGGGGAGGUGAGGCGGAGGCCGCGGGGUGCGUAGACUGAUAAUGGUCUCCAGCUGCCAAGAAGGUUGUGGAUGCCAAGAGAAAGGUAACCAUUUCCCAUCUCCUCAAGUGGAAUCGAUGCCCUGGAAGCCCCAUUGACUGGCAGUAGAUAUGGCUGAAUUUACAAGCUACAAGGACACUGCCUCCAGCCGCCAUCUGCGGUUCAAGUUACAAAGCUUAAGUCGCCGCCUGGAUGAACUGGAGGAAGCCACGAAAAACCUCCAGAAAGCAGAGGAUGAGCUCCUGGAUCUCCAGGACAAGGUGAUUCAGGCAGAAGGCAGCAACUCCAGCAUGCUGGCUGAGAUCGAAGUGCUGCGCCAGCGGGUGCUGAGAAUCGAAGGCAAGGAUGAGGAGAUUAAGAGAGCAGAGGACCUGUGUCACCUGAUGAAGGAGAAGCUGGAAGAGGAGGAGAACCGCACCAGGGAACUGAAAUCCGAGAUUGAGAGGCUGCAGAAACGAAUGGCUGAGUUGGAGAAGCUGGAAGAGGCCUUUAGUAGGAGCAAGAAUGACUGCACCCAGCUUUGUCUGAGUCUAAACGAGGAGAGGAAUCUGACUAAGAAAAUCUCCUCUGAGCUGGAAAUGCUCAGAGUCAAAGUGAAAGAACUGGAGUCUUCCGAGGACCGCCUGGAUAAAACUGAGCAGAGUAGGUCCGAGUUAGAAAAGCUGAAAUCAUUGACUCUGAGCUUUGUAAGUGAGAAAUACUUGAAUGAAAAGGAGAAGGAAAAUGAGAAACUGAUAAAAGAGCUCACUCAAAAACUGGAGCAGAACAAGAAAAUGAACAGAGAUUAUACAAGGAACGCUUCUAAUCUUCUAGAAAGGAAUGACCUACGAAUUGAGGAUGGCAUCCCUUCCACUCCAUGCAAAGAGCCAAAAAGGAAGGGCACUCUGGACUAUCUGAAGCAGGUGGAGAAUGAAACAAGAAACAAAUCAGAAAAUGAAAAGAACCGAAAUCAGGAGGACAACAAAGUCAAGGACCUGAACCACGAGAUCGAGAAGCUUAAGACACAGAUCAAACUUGAAUCUUUAGAAGAAGAGUUGAAGAAAAUGAGGGCUAAAAAUAAUGACCUUCAGGAUAAUUACCAAAGUGAACAAAACAAAAACAAAAUCCUGGCCAACCAGUUGGAAGAGAUAAAACUACAAAUCAAGAAACAAAAAGAAUUAGAGAAUGGAGAUGUGGAAGGGGAAAGAUGGUUUCCUGUCUAGCAAAGGCAGCACGAGAGGACUAAGCCUAGAGGCCAUGGGGGUGAAGCGUCCAUGUCCAAGCGCCCAUCCCGGGAGCUGUCUCCUCAGCACAAGCGGGAAAGGCUCCGGAACAGGGAGUUUGCACUCAGCAAUGAAAACUAUUCUCUGAGCAACAGGCAGGUUUCUUCUCCCACUUUCACCAAUAGGAGGGCAGCCAAAGCCUCCAACAUGGGGGCAGGUACAGAUAGUGGGUCUCAGGAAGCAAAGAGAACCGAAGACCGAUUUGCACCUGGAUCCUCUCAGAGUGAAGGGAAGAAGUCCAGGGAGCAGCCAUCCGUGCUUAGCCGCUACCCCCCAGCUGCUCAGGAGCACAAUAAGCUGGAAGGCAACUCCCAAGCCAGCACUGAGAGUGGGCUAAAGGGUAAAGCAGAGAAGACAACACGAACACUGACUGACUCCACACAUGGGUCUGUUCCCAGUGACACUCUGGGUAGAGCUGACAAGGCUUCUGAUACCCAGAGGUCCUCUGGCAAGAAGGGGCAGGUUCCUGGCAAUGGAAACCAAAUAACUCUGGCUACAGACUCCAGCUGUUCUAAGACCAUGGAUCUCUGACCUCAUCUGAGAGCCUCCUCAGAAGGACUGUCUAAGGGCAAAAAGACUGCCAAUGCUGAGGCUGAUAGCAGCUCCCCAAAUUCCAAGGCUCCUAUUUUAUCAAAGUAUCCUUAUAGCUCUAAAAACGAAAACAUCCUUCCGGGCUUCUCAACCCCAAAUAAAGAAGGAGCUGACCAGUCCAUAGCUGUUGUGAUGGAAGACAGCAGUCAACAUGAAGCCCUGCGGUGUCGAGUCAUCAAGUCCAGUGGCAGAGAGAAGCCUGACUCAGACGAUGACCUGGACAUAGCCUCUCUGGUUACUGCCAAAUUGGUAAACACAACCAUCACUCCAGAGCCAGAGCCCAAACUACAAGCCCAACCCUAGAGAAAAGGUCAAUCCCGCAUAGGACCUAGAAGCUCUGCCUUUGAGAAUGAUAAAAACGCUGGGAUAGAAGGCGAGUCUAUGAAGCCCAUCAGGGCCUCCACCAAUGCCAUGGAAUUCCCAGACGCCAACGGUGCUGUGAAAAACCAAAGGCCCUUCAGCCCCAGAGAGGCCUUCUUGCGAUCUAGAGCUGUCAUCAAACCUGUUAUCAUUGAUAAGGAUGUGAAAAAAAUCAUGGGAGGAUCUGGAACUGAGGCCGUGAUGGAGAAACAGAAAUCCACCUCGAAACCAGGGCCAAACAAGGUGACGAGCAGCAUUACUAUCUAUCCCUCCGACGGCGGUAGCCCUAGAGUCCUCCCUGGUGAGGCCCCGAGGGAGAGGCACACGUCCACCAGCAACAUCCAGGUGGGGCCCCUGGAGCGCACAGCGGUUAGCAACCACGUCAGCCCCCCCUUUGAGCUCUCUAUUAAUAAACACGACAUCACCCUGCAGCUCACGGAAGCUGAAAGAACGGGAGACGGGCCCCUAAGGAACAGGCCAGAAACAGUGGUCUCUCGGAGCAGCAUUCUAAUCAAGCCAUCAGAUCCUGUGGAGAGGAACAACCAUGCCCCCCAAGCGGAGACAAUCAGGUGGAAAAGCCAUAGUGGCCCUUCAGAGGCGAGCUCCUCAGACAGCAGACACGUGACUGUACGGAACGCCUGGAAGAGUAAGCGAGACUUGAAAUCUUUGGAAGACCCCGCGAGUGGAGUAGGUAGAAACAUGGAGUCUACCAACGCCUACACCCAGAGGUCUUCCACGGACUUCUCAGAACUUGAACAGCCCAGGCCUUCCCUUUCUGAGCAGGGCACUAGAAGGGUAGGAAAUUCAGGGGAUGGCCCAGAGCUGUCCUCCAGAAGGACCCAAAGUAGCCUCACUGUGUCAGAGGUGCUCACCCGUCGGAAUCGAGGAGGAGACACCAUCACAGCUGCAGCUUGGAACCACUCAGGCAUGGAGGAGGGUGAGGACUGCACACUUAGCAUCUACCGGCGACUGCACAACUCUCUGGAGCGGUCUGAACUGCCUGUGAAGCAAGGGCUUCCAGAGCCAGGGCGAGUCCGGGCUGAGGACGAUUACGACCGAACAGACCUUGUGCUGAGGAAAACUGAGCCAGCUGGUGAAGUCUGCUCUGUCUCCUCUGCUGCUGCUUUUCAAGCUCUUCCACCUCCCUGCCCCGUGAAGACUCCAAGGCCAGUUCUCCAGGCUAGGCACAGGCCUUGGCUGGGAGACUGGUAGAGAGCUGGGCUGUGGCUCAGGUAAUCUUUGCUAUUUGGUCAGAGGGAAUCAGACUACAAACGAGUCCCCAGGCCCAGCCUUCCCUGAUGCAUGAGUCCUCUUCUCCUUAUCCCUGUCCCCAAGGUGGCUUGGGCCACUCUUGCCCCCAAAUGGGAAGAUAUAGAAACCCCACCAUCACACAACAGUAGCAGAAAGUUCUCUCCCGCAACUUGGUGGAGGUGUUUCUGUGUCAUAGAGCAGCCCCUUCUCAGUGUGGGUAUCGCCCUGAUCUCUGCCUCCUCACCACGUCCAGUUUGCUCCUUAUUUGCCCUGAGGGCCCAAGAACAAGAAGACCAGCCAUCAGCUCCAUCUAGGGGCUUCCAUUCCUUCCUUCCAUGGAGUUCCCUCAGACUUGAAAGCUGAAGGGGUUUGUGGCUUGCCUCUGAAGGAUUAUGGGCUGCCCUUUAAGUUGAAGCUUCUCUGACCUGGCCCCCUGCUGACCUGGUUUCCUGGGGACAGAGCAUGCAGAUACCCGUUGGAAUGACACAUCCCUCCCCAACCCCAGCUCUCUGCUCACCUUCCAAAGGCCCCUGGAAGUGCACAAGCCUCAUCCCUCUCCUUCCCUGGCACCAGUAAUGCUGCUGGCACCACUUAAGGCUCUUUCCUGUGACUGGAGACUUCCCUGACGUCAUCUUUCCCAUCGCGGGAAAAAUCCUAGACUGACCUGGGCCUGACAUGGCACUCUGCCUUCAAGAAAGUGCCCAGCAAGGGGAAAAGCAGGCAGGAAUAAGCAGUGUCCCUAGUCACUCCCAAGCAAAUAGCUCCAUGGAAGGCACAGACUGAGAAUACUCCCUCCUGUUCCUCCUCCGUCCUGUGGAGGAGGCUUCGCACUUUACGGCGCUGGCGCG